AUGAAGCGCAUCCUCGGCGUGCGAAGCGACUAUCGUCGCUCCGAUUGGUACGAUGGCAUGCGCUUCCACCCGUCAAAGAACAAUGUAUUGUCGUGGAGAGACGAGAAUGAGCAUUUUAAGCUUCGAUCCAAGAUGGCAGCAGGUUAUUCCGGCAGAGAGGUCCAGGGCCUAGAAAAGAAGAUUGACGACAACAUCCUGCAACUUGUACGCCUGCUGGAAGGCUAUGUUGACGCCGGCAGGCCUUUCGACUUCGCGCGGAAGGCGCAGUUCUUCACCCUGGACGUGAUAUCAGACCUCGCCUUCGGAGAACCUUUGGGUUUCAUGGCGACAGACUCUGACAUGUAUGAUUACAUUAAGACGACCGAGGAAACUCUGCCGUUCUUUAUGGUGACGACCGUCAUUCCAUGGCUGGUUAAGCUCUUCGCAUCUCCCCUCUUUCGGUCUGUGUUGCCCUCGGAGAAAGACAAGGUGGGAUUUGGGAAAGUCAUGGGAAUCGCCAAGAAAUUCUCUGCCGAGCGUUUUGGACCGCAUAAGAAAGUCCAGAGGGACAUGCUCGGCUCAUUUGUGGCCCACGGUCUAACCCAGGAAGAAGCAGAGUCCGAGAUUCUGCUCCAAAUUAUCGCUGGGUCCGAUACAACGGCAACGGCAAUCCGAGCUACGAUCCUCCACAUCAUAACCAACCCUCGCGUUCUCACCCGUCUCCUGACCGAAAUCACCGCCGCGGCGGCUACCGCGACCCGCCCUGUCAUCUCCGAAGUCGAGGCCCGCAACCUACCUUACCUCCAAGCUGUGAUCAAAGAAGGUUUGCGCAUAUUCCCGCCCGUCUCAGGCCUGAUGGCCAAGGAAACGCCACCCGAGGGAGAUGUUUGGAAGGGGAGGUUCAUCCCCGGCGGCACGCGCAUUGGAUGGUCUGCUCUGGCCAUGUUCCGGAGGGAAGACACGUGGGGCAAGGACUCGGGAGAGUUCCUCCCUGAACGCUGGAUCUUGACGGAAGACGGGGGCAGCUGUGUUUCUGCAGAAAAGCUGCACGAAAUGGAGUCUGUUAUUGAGAUCAUAUUCAGCUACGGGCGAUAUCAAUGCCUUGGAAAGCCGGUGGCGUGGAUGGAGUUGAGUAAGAUAUUUUUCGAGCUGUUACGACGGUUCGAUAUGACCGUUUGCUAUCCCACUAAGCCAUGGUAUACUUUCAACUGCGGUAUUCAUGCGCAGUCGGAGUUCUGGGUCAGGGGUUAUCGAAGGGAAUAG